CAAACUAAUCAGAAGUAUAAUCUGGUUAUGCAUCCUAACCAACCACCAGCGGAUCAACAGCAGCAACAGAAGGUGCAGCAAUCAGUGCAACAACAAUAUGGUCAGCCAGUCCAGCAAUCGCAACAAUAUGGACAGCCUCAACAGCAACAAUAUGGACAACCGGUUCAACAGCCACAAGUACCAGUCCAACAAUAUGGACAAACGGUUCAACAAUCACAACAAAAUGGGCAACCAGUUCAACCGCAAUAUGGACAAACACCAGCGCAGGCUGCACCUGUUCCACUUUCUCAAGGAUCACUUCCACCCUCCAGUCCAGCCACAACAACAACCAGUAUUUCAAGAACCCUCACCAUAUACCAAAACCAACCGCCGGAUCCAACUCAAUUUAUCCGGCCACCAGUUCGUAGAGAUAGGGAUGCAAGUUCCAAACCACCAACUUUAAGUAGAACUGCUACUCCUACAGCUACUUCACUGCAACCAGUUUCACCAAAUCCAGCAGUUCCAGUAACAGCAGCACCAUUUCCACAAUCAACCAGAUCAAGUCCCCCACCAGUUGAUUCAAUCAAAUUUGCCCCACCUCCAAGCAUAUAUCAUUUUUAUUAUUAG